AUGCUGGCUUCGGUGCAAAGCCGCGGCCUUGCUGAGGGAUGCAGCGGAGUCAACGACAACGAGCGAAUAAUAUUUCUGAAGAGGCCUGGUGAAAACAGCCCGCCGACGGCUUCUUGCUUUCAACACGAGCCAUGCCAUCUACCAACACGAGACGACUUGGAAACGGGGCAAUGCAUCGUGCGCACGCUGUAUUUGAGUGCCGAUCCCGCACAGCGUUGUCGGAUGAACAAGGUGACGGGCGUCGACUAUUUGGCCCCAUAUGAAGAGGGCGGACUGGUGGACGGUUUGGAAGGCAUCGGCAUUGUCGAGGUGGCGACAAUUGAGUGCACACUGCAACGGGGCGACAUCGUCACGGCAUGCGCACAUUUGUGGCCGUGGACACGAGUUUUUAUCGCGGAUGGCAACGAUCUGGUGAAGGUCGAACUGCCCCGGGGCCUCUCACCAAAAAUCAUCCUGUCGGGCGUCGGCAUCUCUGGCAUGACGGCUUUAUUGGGAAUUCGGAAGAAGGCAAAGAUUCGGAAAGACCGCAAAGAAACGAUCAUUGCACGGCUCGAGGGCUGUUCACGGGUCAUCGGCAUUUGUGGAUCUGAAGAGAAAUGUCGUUGGAUUACGAAGACGCUUGGGUUUGACGCCGCCAUCAAUUACAAGAACGAAUCUGUCGGAGACCGAUUGGCCGAUUUAGCGCCCUCGGGUGUCGACAUCUACUUUGACAACGUCGGCGGCUUUGUUUCCGAUGCGGUGAUCCAGCGGAUGAACGCGGAUGGGCGCGUGGUGUUGUGUGGCCAGAUUGCCGUCUACAACACCGAUCUCCCCUAUCCGCCACCACUCAAUCCAGUUGUCGCCGAGAUUAUCACCCAUCGAAAUAUUUCACGGGAACGCUUCUUGCUGCUGGCGCACAAGGAUGAGAUGGAUGCGGCCGUGGCCCAACUUAGCCAGUGGAUCACCGAGGAGAAGCUCAAGGUGAACGAAACGGUGUACAUGGGUCUCGCCUCGGCCCCACAAGCCUUCGUCGACAUGAUGGCCGGCAAGAACAUUGGAAAGAUGGUCAUCAAGGUAUCCGAGGAGCCGGCCAAU